UCGAGGAGGCGGGACUUCCGACAGUGUUGGUUUGGCAUAAAGUGGCGGAGUUCAUCUCCUUAAAAUUGGAAGAAAAGCCGAAGAACGACGCGUUAGAAGUUAUAAAACAAUUGUGAUGAUUUUCAGACAUGGACGACAUAAACCUUCAUUAUCGCUUUCUAAACUGGAGGAGGCGAAUACGAGAAAUUCGUGAGGUGCGAGCAGUGCGUUACCGGGAGAGACUCAAAAGGAUGCUGAGAGACGGUGACGUACUCAGGUAUCAUGGGAAUUCAGAUGAAGUUGGGUGUUUUGUGGCGGCCAGGCCGCUGUCGAAAAGAAACCGCUAUUUUGAAGUGACUAUAAUCGAAACAGGAGUGAGGGGUAUGAUUGCUGUUGGUUUGGUGCCCCAGUUCUACAAACUGGAUCAUCAGCCAGGCUGGCUUCCAAAUUCUGUGGCCUUUCAUGCUGAUGAUGGCAAGCUGUAUAAUGGCAACCCUGUAGGACAGCAGUUUGGUCCAAAAUGCUGCAGGGGUGACAGAAUUGGUUGUGGAAUAUCACUGGAUGCUGAUGACGGACAGUUAACUGUGUUUUUUACCAAGAAUGGUCAUGAAGUUGGUAGUGUGGACAUCCCAGCGUCUCCUGAAGGUCUCUAUCCUGCAGUAGGGAUGCACUCUUUAGGGGAAGAAGUGUUGCUGGACCUGAACGCUGAAUGGGGAGUGGAGGAGGAUGAUGGACAGAUGAUAGUUGACAGUCAUGAAGAGGACUGGGCCCGUCUCCAUGAUGUCAAGGUGACUGGCACGCUGCUGGAGUACGUAGGGAAAGGGAAAAGCAUCGUGGACGUGGGCUUGGCUCAGGCCCGUCGGCCUCUAAACACGCGCUUUCACUACUAUGAACUGGAGAUCACAGAUGCUGGAGAGAAGUGUUAUAUUGCACUGGGGCUGGCACGCAGGGACUACCCAAAAAAUAGACAUCCAGGUUGGAGCAGAGGGUCCAUAGCUUAUCAUGCAGAUGAUGGGAAGUUGUUCCACGGCAGUGGGGUCGGGGACCCGUUUGGGCCACGCUGCCUUGAAGGGGACAUUAUGGGCUGUGGCAUCAUGUUUCCACGGGACUUCAGUGUUGAUAGUGGAGAUGACAUUGAUGACUGGGACUUUGAUGGGGUUGCUAAGCCCUGUGAGGUUCAGAAUGACUUGUAUGCAAACAAUGAAGAUGAGGAUGAGGAUGAGGGAGAAGAUUUGGAGGGGAGGAAGGUCACGGUGUUCUUCACGCGCAACGGAAAGGUGGUCGGUCGGAGGGAAGUGGCCUUACCAGUAGGAGGCUUCUAUCCCACCAUUGGAAUGAUGAGUACUGGGGAGAAGGUCAGAGUGGACCUGCACCCCCUCAGUGGAUGAGCAUGGUGGAGGAAAUGAGGGGUGAAUGGUGAGAUCAGAGCAGGGACAAAUGAAUGAGCUUUUGUGCAUUUUGGAGAUCUGACCGUAAAUAUCAACAAACUCCAGAAUGCUGCCUGAAAAGUCACUCCAGUGUAGGAACUGAGUAUGGCUCCCUCAUGCUGUAAGAAUAACUUAACAUGCUGGCAACAGGUUUUAAAAGAAUUGUGAGUUAAUAUUACAUAUGUGCCUAAAAAAAAUAUGCUUUAAUUUGAAAUGAUUUUAUAUUGUAAGUAAUUGUUAAACCAAUCUGAGUUUUUUUUAGGAGUUAAACAAUGCUGGAGCAAUAUAUGUAAACACUUUAAAAAAAAUGACAUAAAAUGUCAAAAAAGGGGCUCAACAGAAUAAUGAAUGUAAAAAUGCAGAUAGAGAAUGAGCUAACAAAUGAACCCUAUUAGUUAUCAGCAAUAAUGCAUGUCAGCAAAUGGCACUCUCACAGCCUGCAGCCAUCCUGAGCUCAUUGUCACAGCUCUGCUGCUUCUUCCUACUUACAGUGAAUUACUGACACUCAGUGGUGAAAGUGAUAGUGUGGAAAAGCCAAUCCUCAGCAAGUCUUCCAGAGAAACAGCUGUGCACUAAAUGAACAGUGAGUUUACAGAAAAGCUUUAUUGCUGCGAUUCUGUGUGAGUGUGGGUGCUUGUUCUGACAUGGAGUCAUUCCAUAGAGAUAUCACAGUUUAUUUUGUGGAAAGAGUCCAAGCCACAAGCUUUGGCAUUUAUGAGACAAUUAAGUGUAAUAACAAUUUGUUGAAAAAAAUGAAAUCAAAACUAUUUAAUGGCCUUUAAUUGCUAUAUUGGUGGAAGCUGUUUAAAUAAGCAACAAUGUUCUCUAACACUGACUAGCUGUUGCCCUGUUUUAAUCCAUUAUGAUUAAAACUGAAACCCAAACAGCUUCAGACCAACAGUUGCUUAGGUGAUAGUGUGAGGUUUAUAGUCUUGUUUAUUCCAUUGCCUUCAAUAUUUGGUGUCAAAGUCUAACUGAGAUUGUGUUCUUUACGUGUAUACCCUAUAGUUUGCUCUUCCCAUCAGCCAACCCAAGGAAAUCACUGAUGUUUAUAUUUAUAUUAAUGAAAGAAAUGGCAAACUCAGUGGAGCCUUCUGAUGUUUUCAGAAAAAAAAUGAUGCAAUUCUCAUAUUGAGUGUGCUUUCUGUGGAUCAUCAUUAAGUAUUCUUUCAAAAUGCAUAUCAAAUGUUUCCAAAGGAAAAGCUCUGAAGAGCAAUUCUCAGUUAUCAAAGUCCAUCAGGGCAAGAAUCCAAUAUUUGCAAAAAGUUGACGUGUGAACGUCGGGCUGCAGACCUGAAUGUUGAAAAUGAAGCCAUACUGUAAUGUUACUUGCUGCUCUCAGGUAUAUUUGAAAAUCUAAAUUGAAUAUGUUGUUUCUGCAGUGAGAUCAUUUUGGGAUUUUGCUGUAUUUUGAGUUCAGCCAAACGGUUUCAUGUUUUGUUUGGGGUUUUUUUUAUGUCCUUUCUUUCUUUUGUUUCAGUUAUUUUCAACCAUAACCUAUUUACAAUUUGAAGUCUUUUGUCAGUUUUUCUCCAGAUUUCUUGUGCCAGUGGUUACGUUGUAGAUGAUGUGCGUUUGUGUUAGAGGUCACAGGAUGUCCAUAAAAUUAUGGCAAUGGGCUGUUAAUUACUGAUAACUCCACUUAUUUAAAGUGUUUUAAUUUUAUCUCCAGUGCUGUAAAUUAAUGGGUUUUUUAUCAGCUGCGGUUGUGCCCUGCAUCAGUGAAGUCAAUAGAAGAAUAUUGAUUGACUUUACAUAUCAAACAUCAAACAAGUGCCUCUGUGCUGGAUCUGGUCUGGAAGCAAAUCCAUGCAGGUGUUAAAAGUGAUUUAAAGUUUUUCAGGCAGAAACACCUUACAGGAUCCACGUUGUACACCAAAUGUUUUGGGGAUUUUUGGUUGGCAAAUAAUUUUAUAAAUAGGUUUAUUUUAAUUUGAUGCUCAGUUGCUGCUAUUUGUGUCCUGACAUAAUGUUUAAUAUCCUAUCACAUCAGCCUGUACUGUAAACCUUUUUGGUGACCAUGCUUCACAGGAGCUGUUUGAACAGACCUAUCCUGCCCUUACACAUUUUCUUAUAUGUUCUUCCUUCAUAUUGGACUUUUUUUUUGUAUGUUUUGCCGUCUCUUUACACUUAAAGCAAUCAGAUAAAUAUGCCAAAAAUGUUAAUAAAAUAAUAUUUAAAUUUGUUGCA